AUGGGCAAGGAAUGUUCUCCAGCAGAGUGUUACUGUACAGGUGGAAUGGGCAAGGAAUGUCCUCCAGCAGAGUGUUACUGUACAGGUGGAAUGGGCAAGGAAUGUUCUCCAGCAGAGUGUUACUGUACAGGUGGAAUGGGCAAGAAAUGUUCUCCAGCAGAGUGUUACUGUAUAGGUGGAAUGGGCAACGAAUUUCCUCCAGCAGAGUGUUACUGUACAGGUGGAAUGGGCAAGGAAUGUCCUCCAGCAGAAUGUUACUGUACAGGUGGAAUGGGCAAGGAAUGUUCUCCAGCAGAGUGUUACUGUACAGGUGGAAUGGGCAACGAAUGUGCUCCAGCAGAGUGUUACUGUACAGGUGGAAUGGGCAACGAAUGUCCUCCAGCAGAGUGUUACUGUACAGGUGGAAUGGGCAACGAAUGUGCUCCAGCAGAGUGUUACUGUACAGGUGGAAUGGGCAAGGAAUGUUCUCCAGCAGAGUGUUACUGUACAGGUGGAAUGGGCAAGGAAUGUUCUCCAGCAGAGUGUUACUGUACAGGUGGAAUGGGCAACGAAUGUCCUCCAGCAGAGUGUUGCUGUACAGGUGGAAUGGGCAAGGAAUGUCCUCCAGCAGAGUGUUACUGUACAGGUGGAAUGGGCAAGGAAUGUUCUCCAGCAGAGUGUUACUGUACAGGUGGAAUGGGCAACGAAUGUCUUCCAGCAGAGUAUUAA